UAUUUGUUCUCGCACGGGUAGAUAUAAUUCCUGCCGAAGAAAAAUUGUUCUCCAAACAAUUUCUAACAAUUGUCGCUAUUCGCUCAACCGUACAAAUAAAUCCCUUUUGAAAAUAUAGAUUGAUCAUGCGAGCGUAUCAUUGCUUUCAUAUUAAUUCAUUGUAUUCAUGCAAUGUGUAAAGUCAGCAGUUAAUUAAAUUAAUUAUAACAUCAACAAUUUUUAAAUUUCAUUAAAUGUAAAAUAUACAUAAAUUAAAUUAAUAACAUUAAAUAUAUACGUAGAUAUCAUAAAUUAAUAUAGUAAAGCAGGUGAUUUUUUUAUUAGAUUUUAUAUGAAAAUAUAAAAAUGUCAUCAGUCUCGUGAAAACUGAGUCAUUACAGAUAUGCGAUCUGUAAAAAUAGCAACAUAUGACUGAUAAGUAUUUAUUGACGUAAUACAAUUUCUGAAAAGCAAAAUUAUCUGUUAUAUAUAAAUAUAAUUUAACUUUCGAUAUUGUUAAUCUAUCAAUCAACCGUUCUGCAUUUGAUGUCAUUAAUAGAUGCGCGCUAGCCACGGUAACGACUGACUGAUACUUUUUAAAUGUAGCAGUCGUACUGUGUGGACUUCCCAGUAUUACGUCGGCAACUGACCACGUCGGAUGGACUGCGGAUUCACUUUGGAAUCGGAAUUCAGUUGAUCUGCGAAAUGAAACACACGAAACUUCGAGUGCUGUGAAUGAACUGGUGAAUGUCGUAUAGUGAUUGACUGAUGACCAUAGAUUUUCUACAAUGUCUUAUCUUCCAUCUCGAUUAGGAAAUUGAUCGAAUUCACUUGGCCAGAGAACGUGGAAGCCCUUCAUAAUUUUACAUCGAUAGGCAGUCAAUCGGGAAGCCGACAUCUGCAUGUCCAUAAGUGCUGCUGAAUCAUCCGAAAUUUAUCAUCGUCGUGACAAAAUAAUGUAAUGCUGUACGAAAUAAUGCUUAUGUAAUAAUAGUAUUAUCAGGCAAAGUGAAAGGAACGCGUACCAACCUUGACAAACAACAUAUUCAGAAUGCGAAUAACGCAGAUAUUCCACUCAACAUCAACAAACAUGCGACAUUACAGUACAGACCGAUGGAGCGUAUACGUCAGCGAACCGAAACGACGAUCGAUUCUCCGUUCAGACGAAAUGUAAAUCGUCAGUCCUGCCGAAUAGAGGACACUUCGUGUUGGUUGAAAGUCUGGUACAAUACUUCUCUCAUGUUCCGUUAUUCAACGAUAUACAAUAUGUUCGCCGUAUGGCAUAGAUACUAUGCGACCGAUUGACUUUCAUGAACACGUCAAUCAUGGCGUGCGACUCAUGUAACAUCGUCGUGCGAGCACUCGCGCGAUAUGCGACGGCAAUAAAAAUAUCCGCGGAAAACUGUGGUUAUGGCACUUAAUUGUGCACUGUUCUGAGAAACUUGCAGCACCGAUCACGCUAAUCAAUAGACCGGGAUAUAUUAUUGGCGAGAUGAUCAAGGAAAGAUUUACAUAACGCAGGCUAUAAACUUUCUGUUUUGCGACAAUUUAUCCGCUUAUUCACGAACUCUGCAAAGACGUAAUUUGGAAAAACCAACGCUCGAUGCUUCACGGAAAUGGAUAUAUAAAGCACCAUAAAAACAUCCGACGAACCUCGAUCACGGAAGAAAUCCCGAAAUAGCUGCGGAUCCAGAAUGACGACCCAUAUCACAUCGAUGGUGGUGGACUAUCUGGUGUUUAUCGGAUUCAUUGUGGUUUCCUUCGUGAUACCGCUAUGGGGAAACUUUAAAACGAAGAAAAAGGAGACAAAGGCAAAUUAUGUCUUCGCCACUGGCAGUGUAUCAAUGGGCAUGAUGAUGCUAUCAAUCGCACGUGGAACUCUCGGCGUCAGAUCCUUCCUUGGUUAUCCUUCGGAGCUAUAUUACCGAGGUAGCGCUAUGUGGGAGACUCUGUACGGAAUGCUGCUGGCGUAUCCCAUCGUCUGUUUCAUCUUCGUACCCGUUUACUACAGCCUCGGUAUCACGUCGGUCUACCAAUACUUGGACAUGAGGUUCAAGUCAAAACUAGUCAGAUGUUUGGCGAGUUUCUCUUAUGUCAUCCGGAGUCUGCUGAACUUGGCGGUCACGGUAUUCACCCCUUGCGUCGCACUGAAAGCAGUAAUAGGGCUUCCGUACUGGGCUAGCAUCGUGGGAAUAACGACUAUUUCUGUGGUUUUCACGAUCAUAGGAGGUUUAAAAGCUGCUAUUCUAUCAGAUGUUAUACAAGGUCUAGCGAUGAUUGGUGUAUCUAUGGUGAUCAUCAUACAGGGAAUUAUCAACGUUGGCGGACCAGCUAACGUUCUCAACGUAACUUACGAACGAGGACGAUUGGAUUUCUUCAACUUUGAUAUGGAUCCGACUCUUCGAGUAACGACAAUGUCGGCGACAUUAGGUCAACUCUUCAUGAGUUUAUCAAUUUUCGGAUGUCAACAGAAUUUUGUUCAAAGAUAUUGCAGUAUGUCCAGCCAAAGAAAAGUUGUCAAGACAAUGAUGGCCAACAUGCCUAUUAUCGUGGUCUUGUUCUCGUUAUCUUGGAUCGUUGGAAUGGUGAUUUUUGCUAAUUAUGCUGACUGUGAUCCACUUAGUCUGGGCUAUAUUUCCAAGAUCGACGAGAUUGUACCGUUCUAUGUCGAAGACAAAUUCUCCAACGUACCGGGAAUGCUUGGUCUGGUAAUGGCAACUCUCUUCAAUAGCGCCCUGACUUUAAUGGUAUCGAAUCUCAAUUCUCUCGCGACAGUGACUUUCGAAGAUUUCUUGAGUCACAUACCUGCGAUGAGUGAUUUGAAAGACACGCAGCAGCUUUACGCAAUCAAAAUAAUUGGUGUUAUCUACGGUUUGCUAAUAAUUGGCAUUAGUUUUUUGGUGGCCAUGUUAUCUGGCAUAAUAGAAUCUUCUAUGCUGAUGACGUCAGCGACAUCUGGACCUCUUCUCGGUGUAUUCCUCCUCGCCAUGCUGAUACCUUGUGCCAAUUGGAAAGGUGCCGCCGCUGGGAUGAUUUUUAGUCAUAUAACGACAAUGUGGAUCACCUUCGGUCACCUCCAACUGGGCACAGUGAUCGAGACGUUAACUCUGUCGACAGAAAAUUGCCAUAACGAGACGUUUUCCUCAUGGGUUACCAAACCGAUUAGUCUGGAUUAUUUCACACCGAACGUUUCCAGUUGGAUGACAAUUCAGGAAAACGUUACGCCGUCGUCUGCUAUCGACGAGAUCAAGAAAUCAUCUGAUCCUUUAAAUGUUCUUUAUGGAAUCACCUAUAUGUAUUACGCUUUUAUUGGUAGCAUAACAACGGUUGGCGUUGGUAUCAUCGUAAGUUUAAUUACGGCCGAUGCCGAAGAUGAUAAGUACCAGGAGCACUUGCUGCAUCCUAUAGCACGAAAGAUAGCGGGAUUAUUUCCCGGAAAGCGAAGGCUUUACGCCACUAAUAUUCAUCUUGGAAAUAAAAAUGAUACGGACAUUACAAACGUCACUAUUUCCUCGGUGAUAUCUAUUCCCGAUAGUUUUGAGAAGACUUCUUCUCAAGGAUGCAUUAAUGAUAAGGGAAAGAUACACCUACAUGAUGGAUAUAUAGAGAAAUUAAACGCGCUAAAGAACGUUUCCCUCGAUGUAACCAAUGAAAUCGGUAAACAUACUAAAUUGUAACACCACAAUGCAAAUUCGCAAAUAUUACUCACUCACGCAUUAUUCGCAAUAUUACUGUUAGAUCGAAAAUCUCAAUAGAGAAGCGAGAGUAGAGAAAUACUGUGAUCAACUGAGCAAACGAACGUAUACACGUGGUAUAUGUGCAUAUAUGUUAAUGCCAAAUUUUAUUAUCCGAACAUAGUACACGUGGGUUUGUGACCUGUGCGCGUGAAAUGUAAUUACGCAUAAGCAAAGUUUCCCUCGAUUACGGUGCUCGAGCUACACUCACAGCUCAAAAUAUCGCUCAAAUGAAGGCAAUUCAGAGACGCAAUUCAUGAAAACUUCUAACUUGCGUGCCAAUUAGAGUUAACUAUAAAACAUGCGUGACGUUGUAAGCUGUAUUUAGACAUGAACACGAUUUACUAGAAAGAUUGUCAAGUACACAUGCUUUUGCUGAAUGGAAUUCACGUCACUGCUUGUAAACGAAUGAUUUCUGAAGCUGAGUGAAGAAACUAUAGAAAUAGAAAUCGGCUUAAUUACUGCUAGGAGCAAUUAGUAAAGAAAUCAUGUUUAGAAUAAUAAAAAAUGUGGAUACAUAAUUCUGUAUUUGAUUACAGAUAAUGGAAAAUUAACGAUUAAAUCGAUCGAUAAAGCAAUUUUUUUUGCUACUUUUAUUGCACGUAAUAUUUCGAUUAUACAGUCGAAAUAUAUUUUUUAAUAUAUUCUUGAUAUUUCGCUUUUUUAAUUAUAUUCAAUACAAGGAUUAAUUUUUUGAAUAUUAUUUAUCCGUCA